AAUCAGGUGGGAACAAGGAGGCUCAGCAUAAAUAUCUCCAGAGGGCUAGUUGGGCUGUAUGCUGGAUUCCUUUAGGUAGACAGGAUGGGGUGCCCAAGGAAUUUGGGUAUGGUUUUCUUUUGUUGGCUUCUCAGUGCAGUGGGCUCUUAUGACCCCUGGGACUUCUCCGCAAGAAACCCAGCUGUGUGGAGACCUCUUGCCAGGACUGUCCCUCCCGUGAGACAGCCCUAUGGUCCCCCCAUAGCUCAGCCCUAUCCCUGGGCAUGGGUUGAUGCUUCUCAGCCUAGGGCUUUGUCCCAGCUGACACCUGUAAAGGUACAGUGUGGGGAAGCACAGGUAGUAGUAACUGUAGAUAGGGAUUUGUUUGGGACUGGGAGGUUGGUCCAAGCUACUGAUCUGUUCCUGGGCUCUGCUGGCUGCCGGCACACAUCCAUGGAUGCUGCCGGGAAAACUGUUGGCUUCGAAGUUGGGCUUCAUGAGUGUGGCAGUGCCUUGCAGAUGACUCCAGAGUUGCUGAUCUACAGCAUAACCCUCUACUAUAAACCCACCCCUACCAACAACGCAGUGAUCGUACGAACCAGCCCAGCCGAAGUUCCAAUUGAGUGUCACUAUGCCAGAAGAAGCAAUGUGAGUAGCAAAGCCAUCAAGCCAACGUGGGUGCCUUUCAGUUCAACUCUCUCUGCAGAAGAGAAACUGGUCUUCUCCUUGCGCUUAAUGAAUGAUGACUGGAGCGCUGAAAGGUCUUCCAAUGGCUACCAGCUAGGAGAUGUGAUGCACAUCCAGGCAGAUGUGAACACCGAGAACCAUGUGGCUCUGAGGCUCUUCAUUGACAGCUGUGUGGCUACCCUGAGUCCAGAAAGAGAUUCCACUCCUCGAUAUACACUCAUUGACUAUAAGGGCUGCCUGGUGGAUGGGCGAUCCGGUUCCAGCUCUACCUUCCGAUCCCCAAGAAUCCAAGAAGACUCCCUCCAGUUUGCAGUUGAGGUCUUCAGAUUUGCGGAAGAUCCCAGGGACUUGAUCUACAUACAUUGCCAUCUGAAAGUUGCUGCUGCUGACCAGCCCGCUGAUCAUGAAAACAAGGCAUGUUCCUUCAACAGAGCUAGCAACAUCUGGAUUCCAGUUGAAGGUACCAGAGACAUCUGCAGCUGCUGUGAAAGUGGGAAUUGUGGACUAACUGGAGGCCAGCCAAGGAGACCAAACACCUGGGAUAGAUGGGCAGGAGGAAGGAGGUCUGGCAGAGAUGUAGCUUCCAAGCACAAUCCGCCGAAGGAGAUGGAUCUCUUGCUCGGUCCCGUCUUCAUCCAUGAUGUGCAUACGGUCUCCAGGAUCAGUCAAACUGGAGCAAUGGAAGCGUCGACAGCGGAACACGGCUGGCUUGCAACUCCUGGAAUCCUGGUGGGGCUGAUCCUGAUGGCCAUUGCAAUGGUGCUGGCUCUGCUGACUGUAGGCAUCUUGCUGUUGCCCAAAAGGCAAUCUAGCUCUCCUUGAUGUUGUGUGAGGUAUAUGUAUCAAUGUUUCAAAAAUAAAUGAAGAAAUGCA